GAUGAAUCUGUAGAUACCAAGGUAUCCGUAGAUGCGGCGUUUGCAACAAGUCUUAUCCGGGAAUGUGGGUCACGCAACCUAGCGCAACCACUGAACCACAGCUUAAGCCGAGGGCUCAGACUAAAAAUUUUAGAACAUCCACUGCGGGAAAAGGUACCUUCGUCCGUCUUCGUUAGCCUUGUAAAUGCCUUACUUUUUUUUUUUUAUUCCGGGCCAUCGAAUAUUUUCCGUACCUUUCUAACAACCUAACAACUACUCCUCAUGGUCCGUCUACCCUACUACAUACUAAUAAGUACCUAAGCUUUGUGAAAGAUCCAUUUAGUAGUACUUCGUCGGGAACAUUCCCUUCCUGUAUGCUACCUUAAAUGUGUGGCAUUUGCACCGUGCGACCGCACACGACCUCUCCGGCUUCAGUACAAAUUCCAUAGACACCGCGCAUGGCCGAUUCAGAUCUGAACAAUGCCAUUCGUGAUGACGCCCCGCCGGGUGAAGAUUCGAUUCUCUCGUCUCGAGGACUCGAGGCCUUCACAAGAAAGGUGACGACAACCGCGAGCCAUUUGGUAGGGCCCGGGUCUGAUCAGGCUGGGAAUCACUACCACAACGCUAUGGCUCAAGUCCAUAAGCAGCUGAGGAAGCCCGGCAUCCAAAGAGGCAUGUUCACCAUGGCUCGAACAACGCCGACCGACUUGGUUCGCUCCAAGUUCUCUACUACCGAAAUCCAAUCCCGCGCUUUAGCAUACCUGCCUGACGACAUGCUCAAAAACAUACCUGAAAAUGAAAACUCCUAUUCAUUAUUUCAAGGCUUUCAAGCGACUUUUCCCGAGUUAUCACAAGAGGGCAAAAAGCACAGGAGAAAAGUCUCGAGAGGGCGAAAAAUGCUAGAAGACAGCCCAACAACCCCAGAUAACCCCAACCACCUUAACAAGCUUAAGAAAGAAAGGUCUUCGCUUAUGCAUGAGCUUGAGAUGCUUAGCAUUCGAAAGAACAUGGCAAGCUGCGAGAUCCGCGAGAUUGAUAAUAAGAUAGCCAAUCUAGCUGGCAUGAGGCGCAUCAUCCUCGAGAGGCUAGCAGGUCUAGAACAGGAAGAAGCGCUUUUGGAACAUGAUAUUGUGGAUAUGGAGAGUCGGAUAGAAGACGCUCAAAUCCUUUUUGACGAAGCGGAGUCGAUAGCUGCUGCUGUUGACACACCAAACAAAUCAGACGAUGACGACUUAGUAACGGAUCAAGAUGCAGAUGAAUUUAUGUCAAAAUCUAUAUACGAAAAGCUUCCUUCGAAUACUCCCUCCAAGAAGAAGCACAAGACGACGAAACGAAAAUCAAUGCCUAUAUUGCACGAACACUUCGAACCAGGUUUUAUGAUACGGGAAAUCAAGGCCCACGCUGAUAAUAUCACGACGUUAGACUUUGAUGUUCCUUUCGGCACUCUGGUUACUGCUUCUAUGGAUGACUUGGUUAAAGUGUGGGAUCUAAAUGCUGGACGUUGUAUUGGAUUGCUUGAAGGCCAUACCGCCUCGGUGCGGGCACUGCAAGUAGAAGACAACAUUCUUGCUACAGGUUCUAUGGAUGCUACUAUCCGAUUAUGGGACUUGAGCAAGGCGCAUUAUGACCCGCAAGGUAGCCAAUUUGGCAAAGACGACGAAGAGGACGACGGUAUGGCUUUUGAGAAUCCCGAUGAUCAACCAGUAGACCCCCCCGAGGGCAGCAUGGCGGAUUGUCCCCUUUUUACUCUGGAAGCCCAUAUGGAUGAGAUUACUACUCUGCACUUCCGGGGCAAUACCCUCGUCUCUGGAUCAGCGGAUAAGACACUCCGUCAAUGGGAUCUGGUUAAAGGGCGAUGCGUACAAACACUCGAUGUCAUGUGGGCAGCAGCUCAGGCUUCCGUUUCUAUCGGUACAGGCGAAGGCACUUGGAGACAAACCGGCCGACCACCCACAGCGUCAGCUGAUUUCGUGGGUGCGCUGCAAGUCUUCGAGUCCGCUCUAGCCUGUGGUACCGCCGAUGGCAUGGUUAGACUAUGGGAUUUGAGAAGCGGACAAGUUCACCGCAGCCUCGUUGGACACACUGGACCGGUGACAUGCUUGCAAUUCGACGACGUACAUCUUGUGACGGGUAGUCUGGACCGAAGCAUAAGAAUUUGGGACCUGCGUACGGGUUCCAUAUUUGAUGCUUACGCGUACGACAACCCAGUCACGAGCAUGAUGUUCGACAACCGGCGCAUCGUAAGUGCGGCGGGUGAGGACGUGGUUAAGAUUUACGACAAGAUGGAGUCGCGGCAGUGGGACUGCGGCGCGGGUAUAACCGAAGCGGAUAGCGGACCGGCACCGGCUAUUGUGGAGCGCGUUCGCAUCAAGGAUGGCUACCUGGUCGAGGGACGCCGCGACGGACAUGUAGGCGCUUGGGCGUGUUAAGCUCCUCGAGACUUGCACUAAUAAGUGCGUGCCUUACGUAUAUGUACAUAUGUCAAAAUUUUGCAAUGGGAAUACCUAAGCCAAUGUCGCUAUGCCAAGCAAUAACUUUUAGAGUGGAUUAGGUGAAAUAUGUUUGUGCUUGAAUUGUCUCACCCGCUUUUUUUUAAUAGUAUAUUAGCGUACCUGUUGAAGAUCUGGAAACUGUUAUCCAGUCUCGGC